GGGGGGGGUCCACAAGUGGUGAAAGGAAUCUCUCCUAACUGCAGCAUGUUAUCUGUACUUGGCAGGGGCUGUAUAGUUCCUACGAGAUUGUUCAUUGUCGGAAGCUGAAUCCUCUGUUCCUCGUGACUCGGCUGAAAGCAGGUUGGAAUUCUCGGCUGUGGAUGCAGCAUACACUCAUAGCUGCAUCUGGUGCCAGUCUUGUUGCCCUCCGUUGGUGGGCAAUGGGCUUUGCCUCACCCAUAUUUCAACCUGAAGACAAUCCUGCUGCCUUCAUUAAUUCCACAUUACAAAGGGCAAUCAACUAUCAGUAUAUCUACACCUUGAACAGUUGGCUUAUGGUGAAUCCCCACUGGCUUUGUUUUGAUUGGUCCAUGGGCUGCAUUCCACUCAUUAAUGAAAUCACUGAUCCAAGGGUCCUUGCUCCCCUCCUGUUUUGGCUUAUCACUGGUCUUCUCAUCUGGCGUGCUCUUCAUCCAACUCACAAGGGCUGUCACCUCUCUAGAGACCAAAGGGUGAUAAUGCUGAGCCUGGCUUGGGUCAUCAUCCCCUUCUUGCCUGCAUCUAAUCUGUUCUUCACUGUUGGGUUUGUGAUUGCUGAGCGAAUGCUCUAUCUCCCUUCCCUUGGUUGUGCAACCCUUGUUGCCCUCGGCUUUCGACGUCUCCUCUCGGCUGCAUCUGCAUCUCAGUUCCUCCGCCUUGUCCUUUAUGGAUGUCUGAGCUGGAUGUUGGGUAUGUAUAGUUUGAAGACAUGGGAGCGAAGUGGAGAGUGGGUGAGCGAGAAUAGACUCUUCCUUUCUGGCCUCCGGGUCUGUCCCCUCAAUGCCAAAGUCCAUUACAACAUUGCCAAGACAGCUGCUGAUUCAGGGGAUGGUGACACUGCCAUCCUUCACUACCAGAUGGCUCUCAGGUUGAACCCGAUGUAUGAGCAGGCAAUGAACAACCUUGCAAAUCUACUCAAGGACCGAGGACACUUGGACAUGGCUCAUUCCCUCCUCCUCGAUGCCACCCGCAUCCGACCAAGAUUUGCUGCAGCCUGGAUGAACCUGGGGAUUGUACAAGCCUCCCUGGGGCAGUAUGCAGAGGCUGAAGCCAGCUACAAGGCUGCCCUUGCAUUGAGGGCUCGCUACCCUGAUUGCUUCUACAACCUAGGGAAUCUGACGUCACGGAGAGACUGUAUGACGGAAACUCCUGCAAUCGACUGGGUAGGAAGUGCAUGGGAGCCCGGGAACCUUUCUCCUCCGAUGCGAUGUGAAGCCAUCUCGCGGGCGCAUCUCCGAGAAGCGAGAGGGGAACAGGGUGGGUAUAUAGAGCGUGGGGAAAAGGAAGCGGCGUACUACGCAUGGAGGAACGCAACUGCCCUGAAGCCGACCCAUGCCGUCGCCUGGACCAAUCUCCUCAUCCUCCUGGACAACAAUGGUGACCUUGAGGGUGCUGUGUUAGUGGGUCAGGAGGCACUGAGGCACCUACCUGAUGACCCUGGGAUUCAUUUCAACCUUGGAAACACCUUGGGCAAGAAGGGGGACUUUCUUCAAUCUGAGAAGCAUUUCCUACUUGCCAUUAAGCACCGUCCGUCUGCUCCCAACUAUUAUGCCAAUCUUGGAGUCUUGUAUCAUCGGUGGAAGAGGUAUGGAGAUGCAGAACAAGCAUACAAGAAGGCAUUGGUCUUGAAUCCUGGAUUUCGGUCAGCCCAGGAAAACCUGGACAAGUUGUACCGGGUCAUUGCCCCAUGACCCAUCUCAAUCUCUUAGGAGUUUAGUUCAAGUCCAGAGAAAUGGGGUGGAUUGGUGAUUCUCUAAGGUACCUCCACACCCAGGUUGGGCCCAGCAGCAGGGAAGGGUGGUAUCCAGGUCCCUUGGCUACACCUGGAGUGAUUUUCCAUAUUGUCUGUGUUUCUAUGGGUGUGUGGUUUUUUUCAAGAAUUAGGAUGACAGAUAAUGAUGUACAUGCUCAUUUAUUGCCCUGGAAUAAUCAGGCUUCAUUAGGGUACCUUGCUGUUAUGAAUGAAAUGUGAACAUUAUCUGUGAGGAUAAAAAGUUGCAUGGAGGAGAACCAUAUUGGACUACAAUUCUCAGUUUGGAAGGGGCUGUUGUGCUUUUUUUUUUCUAAGACUCGCAGUAAAUCUUCUCAUGCAAUAGAGAAAAAUCAUUUGCAUCGUCAUUGAUGGGCAUGUCUUUCCUGCUUUUGUGUUACCACUUUCAGUCAACUGCUCUCUUCUCUUCAAUUGAUUAUUCUUAUUGAUCUGACUGGACAUGGAUGACUUGAAAAAAACCACAGGUUUGGUCAGUAAGCUUGGGAGAUGGUACCCCUGAGAUGAAUUGGAUGAGCAUCCCAUCAAGGAGUGGGUUUGCAUGCUAUUGUUACCUCCAUUUUGGAUCACCAUACAGGAUUGGGCUUUGCCCAGCCUGUUAUAACUCCUUACAUGUCUUUUCAUAACAACAACCCUACCGAGUCCACCAACUCACCUGUCCCCAUUCUCCCUAUCUGGGGAUCCCUGCUUUCUAGCUAGGAAUGCAUGUACAAUUGUUUUUCUAAUAUAGGGCCAGUGUUUCUGGAUCAACUUGCUCCCAGUCUGGCUCAAUGUGUGAAUGUGGUACUCAAUGGCCUGGAAGAAAAGGAAAAUUCAAAGUUAUGGCAAUGGAAGUAAAAAACAUUUAGGAGAUUUGGUGAAAUUCCAUAAUCCUGUGUACAAAGGACUGGAUGAAUUUGAUGGCAUCUUGUGAAAAGUCAAGUUUGUGCAGAAAAACUGCAGAUUUUGAUCAGAGAAAGUAUUUAAAAAAGUAUAAUAAAAUUCAAGGAAAUUAAUUUAUUUGGCCACCCUGGUUAAGAUCGAUGUAAUAUCUUGAGAUAAAGGCCAUGUAUGGUUUUUAUUUUAAUAACUUUAUUGAUUAUGAUAAGGGGAGGAGUUAAAGUUUAGCAUCCCUAGCAUCCCUGAUAUUUUAUCUGUCAAGAUUUUUGAACAGGGGCUUAUAUUUGAAAGGGUUCAUUGGAACCUCAUCCACUUGCGGUCAUUCAUCAAGAGGCAA